CUUCUAUCUGUUUCUUCUUCUUCAGUUAUGUCUUCCGCGCAAAAAGUACAGGACCACCCCAUUUUCCAGCAGGCUCAGGCCAAGGCCAAUUUUUACCUUGCCCAGCUGGAUAAGGAGCUUACCAAGUACCCUAUCCUUGUCAACUUUGAGCAACGCACGCAGGUCCCAAAGACAUACGCCUUCAUUGGCGCUGUCGGACUUGUCACCCUCUUCCAUUUCAUCAAUUCGCUCGCCGCCCCUGUCUCUAACCUCGUCGGCUGGGCACUCCCCGCUUACCUGUCCUUCAAGGCCAUUGAGACUCCCGGCCACCAAGAUGACAUUCAGUGGUUGACUUACUGGGUCGUGUUCGGUUUCUUCAACUUCACCGAAGGAUUCGCACUCCGUGUUGUUUUGUAUUACUUCCCGUGGUAUUUCGCUUUCAAGACCCUCUUCAUCCUCUGGCUGCAGCUGCCUGCGUUCCGCGGCGCCCAAACGACCUACCACACCGUGCUGAAGCCCAUUCUGGCGAACGUCAGCCAGUCGGCUCGUUCCGGCCACGCGACAACAGAUUCGGCCGAUGCCCUCCGUGAGCGAGUCGCGACGGCUGUCUCGGAGUAAAGGGAUGGGUUUCCUUGGGUGUUUUAUUCUACUCUUUCUGCCUGUUAGAACAUUUUUUUGUUUGCUUUCGUUUCACUGCUUCCCCCACUUGUUUUCUGAUGAUCUACUGAACGACCGCCUAUGUGACGUAUUCCAGCCCCGUGUUCUCGUUUCCGUGGCCUCGUGCAGUGCGUUUGUGUGUGGUGUAUGUUGGAUAGUAGACGGCCUCGAAGUAUGCGACGAAAUGUUCCUUG